UCCCGCGCUUCGCCACGCGCCCUUCUCCUCGCAAUCUCGUCGCUCCGCACCCCACCGCUUCGCCACUUCGCCGCGUCGCCGCUUUCUACGCCACCACCGCGCCACCGUGCCGCCGCGCCGCCGGGGUGCUUCGGGCUUUCGCGGCGUCCGCGAGCGCCCCAACGGCUGGUACUCCGCCGAGAUACGGGCCGGCGACGUCCGGCUCGGCCUCGGGACGUUCCGGAGCGCGUGCGAGGCGGCCCGCGCGUACGACGCGGCGGCGUGGCGCUUGGAGAGGCCCCGGUCCCAGAUGAAUUUCCGGGACGUCUUCACGCGCGAGGAGGCGCAGCGCCUCGCCCCUCCGCCGCGUCUCAUCACGGACAUGGACCGUGCCGACCACGCUCGACGGCAGCGCCGUCUCCUCGUCGCCGAGGAGGACGAGCGAGCCAUGGCGGAGUGGCGCCGUCGCCACCCAGAGGACGUCGACGCCGAGCGUGCCUACUGGGCGGAGAGGACGGCAAGGCGCCGCUCGGAGCGGGCGGACCGGCGUCGGCGGAAGGCAAUAGCGAACGAGCAGCGCGACAUCGUCUCCGCAGGUGGGAGGUCGUUCUUCACCUCGGACGAUGAACGUUGGGACGACGUAUGGCUGUCAACCUCGGACGACACCGACGAGGAUGACGAUGGUGAU